AUGGACGACAUGGCACACCCACCCGCAGCACCCAACGUUCAGAAGGUCUUCAUCCAGCGAGACUUCUCGGAAGGAACAGGCUGCAAGUUCCAGUCCAAGUUUCCGCCUGAACUGGAAGGGAGGGUAGAGAGAACAGCAUUUGUAGCCACCAUCAACAGAAUCAACGAGUUAUUUGGAGAAGCUGAGCGGGUGGGAGGAGCCACGUACUGUGAAGGGUGCAUGGGAUGUCUGACAGCAUAUCUCAUCUAUCUUUGUAUCGACACACAUUAUGAAAAGGUUCUGAAGAGGAUAGCGCGGUACAUCCAGGAGCAGAAUGAGAACAUCUACAUCCCCAGAGGUCUACAGCUGGUGGACCCCAUCGAACGAGGGCUCAGAGUUCUUGAAAUCGUCAUUUAUGAUUCUCCGGUAGGGAGAUAGGACAGCCGACAUGCAGCAAGACACAUCCACAUUAACUAAGCAGUUAUAGUAAGAAUAGAGCUCCAUUUGGCCAGUGUCCUCCAUGCAUUAUCAUUGGUGACAGUCAUCAUUCUUUGUGCACAAUCUUUUGGUGUCAUCAUCCUUUAUGUACCUCAUUUGGCGCCAGUCAAUUUGUGCACAAUCUUUAGGUGUCGUCAUCUUUUGUGCACUAUCAUUGAUGUCAUCAUCAAUUGUGUGGCUGGGCCCCUUUCAACUAAUGUAGGGACCAUUCUGUUAAUCUGUGUAUGGACAAAUUUUGUCCAUACAGCUGAAAAAUCACUGGCCGCAUCCUAAAAUGCUGUCAAUACAAUUUACACAAGGAAUCAUGCCAGAAUCACAUGUCAUAAAGAGAAAAUGUUUUUUCCAGGCUCUAAAAUGAUGCAACAUGGUACCCUGGGAAUGGUAUUUCUUUUGUUGAAAUCUGUAAUUAUGUUCAAUGUUGAAGGUACUAUGUAUUGUUUACAUAUAUCUCAAACAAAUAGUUGUUUGUUGUGUAGGUGUCUGCGCUACACUGUCAACAACAGGUGGACAAAUUUCUUGUUUGCCAGAAAGUAGCUGAAUUUCAGAACAGCUAUAGAGUAGUGUGUAUUUUUGUCCUGGAAAUGUCAGUGACUUAAGCUUGUGAAUGUAGGUUCUCUACACUGAUGAAGAGGACGCUGGCUGUGUUGCUGAUGAAAAAGUCCUUCAGGACUGCAGACUUGACAGAUAUCUUCUGUGAUGGAGUCUUCUGUGGAGGCUUCUUUCUUCUUCACUGGGUUCCUUGUGCAAUUGAAAAGGCAUUUUCUUUGCAUGUGCAAAACAAAGAAAAAGGAAGACUAUAGAGCGUUUGUAUCAUAAUGAAGCAGGACCACUGAAAGUACCGUACCCGUACAUGUAGGUAUGCAGUGAGCAGGCUGGUACAUGUGGUUUGUGUAGUAAGUGUGGUGUCCUGUAGUGCCAUGUCUAGACCGUCCCACUCCUUACAGGGGUAGGUACAUGUAGGAUAACAGUAUAUUCAGGAACUCCGAGGGAUAUACCAUCAAGGACUAGAGGGGGGUGGGCCUGUCAAAAUGGUUUAGCCUUUUCUCAUCUUCAAGCAGAUGUUUGUGUGAAAGAUCAUAAAAUAUUUUCUGACUGCCGGGCAUCUCUAAGAGUUGGGAUUCUCUAGCCAUGAGUGGCCUUCAGAGAAGCCCAGCAGUUAAAAAAUGUCUUCUGCUCAGAGUUUCUCUGCUUUGUGAUACAUGUAGUUAUGUUUGAUAUAGGUACAGGUUAAUCUUUUUUCCACAGUGACAUGUCAUAGAUGCAACUAUUUUUAAGCUUUUAAAACAGACCCACCUUUUUCUGGUUCUUUGUGGUGAAGCUCUGAUGUUGUCACUUGCUGAGCUGUUAUAAUUCCUUUUUGAAGUCAAAAGUUAGUAAGAAAUGUUGUGUACAUUUGUAUGUAAAGAAGUAGAUGUCUAGGCUAAUGUACUUGUACUGUGAGUAACUCCUUGAACAAAAACCUCUCAGAUGUUUUUAGCCUGGUAUCCAGUCUAUCGUGGUGGGGAAAACUGUCUUCUGGGAUCUACUAGUAAUAGUUUUCCCCUGCCCAGCUCAACAGACCACCUGGUAGAAGUGUUAGGCCUGUGAUAGAGUUUGGCACUCUAAUUAAACUCCCGUUGUGCAAAACCUACCGGGGAACCUAGCUGAGUUCACGGGUCGGGGAAGAGCUUCUUUAGCCCCAAAGAGAACCCGCCCCAACCUUAAUAGACUGAACACCAGGCUAAGAUGUUUCCAGAUCAAAACAAAAGUCUGUAAGAAAUAUCUCUGAAACUGUAACAAAGUUUGCGGAGGAUGCAAAGGUGUGUUGCACCAACAAAAUCAAAAUAAACAUGAGUAGGGCACACUGAAGUGGUCAAUGGCCUUUGGGUACAAAUUUGUGUUUGCAAUCAGACUAUGUAUCUUAUGGCCGGUAUAACCGGCCUUCAGUAUAACAUGCCAUAUCCGGCGGCGUUCUUUAUUAUGACUACGGGAUGGACGAUACCACACCACUUUCAGCACAGGGGUAUCAGCUUAUUAUGCAGCAGUACCUAAAAAUAUUGCUAGAGUACCCCAAGUUAAAUGCCCAUUUUUCUUUGGGACCACACCAAAAUUUAAACCAUCAAAAGGAUCAUUUAUUUUUUUUAGCAAAAAAAGUACCCCAUCUGAUGUAUCCCUACUUCACAGAGGUAGCAAAAACAAAGUCCAUGUUCAAGGUUUCACAGCAGUAUAAGGACCUACUAACCCAACUGAGCUAACUUGUAUAUUGACUUGACACUGUAUAAAGUAUAUCAUUUUUCUCCAGUUGAUCUAUAUAUGAAAAUUACAUGCUGUCAUCACCUGUGUUCAAUAAAACAGACUAAAUGUA